AUGAACCGGCUCUGGAACAUCAGGCAUUUGGAGCCACUCCAGGGACCCCGGAAGUGGGUCCCCACCCUGGGCGAGCUGCAGAAGACCCUCCAGAAGGGCGAGUACUUGCCCCUCCGCCCGCUGCCCAUGUUCGAGAGUAACUUUGUCCAGGUGACCAGUCGAGGGGCCCCAGUGUACGUGUACCACAGAACCAACCGAGUGACCAUGGGCGUGGCCGCCUCCCUGCCAGGCCUGGUGUUUCCAGACAUCCUGCUGAUGGCCCAGCCCCCUGAGGGCAGGGGGUGCUCCAGCCUCGUCCUCACCAGGAUGAUCCCUCUGGACCUGGCCCACCUCUAUGUCCACGACCUGUCUGCCUGGCGCCUGAAGCUGCGUCUGGUCACGGGCCGCUACUAUUACCUGGAGCUGGACGCCCCUGACGAUGAGGUCAGCUUCCUGUUUGACCGCUGGAUCCGCCUCAUCAACCUGCUCCAUCAGCGCGCCACCUCCUGGGCCCCCAGGACCCUACACACGCCCCCCACGGACCUGGGCCACGUGGCACCUCCUGCCUCCACCUGGCGCCUCCAGACCCUCGGGUGCAAAUUCAAGUCUCAGGCCACGGCUGACUCCGUGCCUCUAGUCUGGUCGCAGCUGGAGCAAGAUGACAGGAGAAAGAAAUCUACAGAAAAGAAGUCCCAACCGGACUUCUCCCCUGAGAGACCUCAAACCGAAAUCCACGUUUCCGAGAAGCCCAGCGUCACCAUUCGGACCAUCUUCAGCAUCAUUUCCAAUACACCUGACCGCAUGGCAUCCUCUUCCAAGGGUUGCUCUGAUUCUGAGGGGGCCGCAUGCCUGGCGGGUUUACUUGAGACCCAUUCGCUCUGUAUCUCGGAGGACGGCCCUGAAACGCCGUUGCCGCGGCAACAGGACGCGGACGGCCCGAUGGACGCGGAGCCCAGCACCUUGUCCACGUCCUCGCUCUGCCCCGCCGCCUGCCCUCCUGACUUCCGCAGGUGCAACGAACAGGUCAGGCCUCUGGACUCCGUGCCGGGACCGUGGCCGCCGCCCUCCCAGAAGCCCCCAGCCAUCCCUGCUGCCUCUUGUAAGGCUCCAUUCAUCCUUGACCAGUCCCAGAAGUUCUUGGCUGUACCUGCUCCAUCCCGGAAAGCGCCAGCUUUUCCUGCUGCUCCCCAGGAGGCCCCAGCGACACCUGGCCCAUCUCGGAAGACCCCACACGUACUGGCUGCUCCCCACAAGACCCCAGCCGUGCCUGCCCCAUCUCAGAAGGCCACACCUGCACUUGCUGUUCCCCCAAAGGCGGUGUCCCUCCCUGCUGCAAACAGGAAAUCUGUGUUCCUACCUACCCUGGCCCAGAAGGCUCUGACCUUACGCACACAAUCCCAAAUGACAUUGGACCGUGCCACCACUGGCGUGUUGCCUGCGGGAAGCCACGGAGGAGAUGUGCUCGAGAAAAGCAAGCCUGAAGGGAAGCCAGAGCCUGUGGUGUUGAUGGGCGCCCAGGAGACAAACAUAGUAGAGGUGGGGACUCCGCAAACAUCCCUGGAGCUGCCUUCCACCGCCCCCGAGGAGGCGUCAGAGGAAGUCCUGGUCAGCAGAGCCCAGGGUAGCACCGUGGAUGGCUUGAAGGGCAAGGGCAAGUUGGAGGACACAGUCCGCAGGAUGAAGGAGGAGAUCUCUCUGGACGUGCCGGGCUUCAGAUCCCAGGAGGUGGGGCAGCAGAAGCAGUGGGUCAGGACCCAGGAGCUGGACCUCGAGGAAGCCUCGCAGGGGCAGACCAGGCCCUUCUCAGCGGAAGGGCUCACCCUUGCCAAGCCGAUGAGCAUUGCCAGUUCCAGGGGGCCCUCCUUGAGAUCAGCUCCGGUCAAUCUGCCCUCCUGGCUCUCAACCCAGCAGGGGUCUGCCAAGCCAACUAUGGACACGGUAGCCCUCAGCGCCACCAAGGUGUCCUUGCUGGAGGAGACGCCGUUGGUGGUCGGGGAGCAGCCACAGUUGGGGGCCCGGGCGAAGGGGAACACGCAUCCGUGGGCGGAGGUGGAGGAGGUGCGCCGGGACCCAAAGGGGCCCUCCAAAGCGUCGCCCUGCCCCAAGGGUGCCCCCAGCAGCCCCAAGAGGAAUGCUGCCUCCCUGACUCCCCUUCCUCUGCCCUCAACGAGGCGGGAGGACGUAACCGAGUCGCCUGCCUCGCUGAGGCCUGUCUCAAAGAUGGAGGCCAGGGUCUCCCAACAGCCCAGGAGAGUAUCUCAAGAGCCCAGGAAGGUGCCGGACCAGUGGCCCACGGCCACAGUGGGGUCAUCCUUGGAGACUCUCUUGCCCACUCUCUUGGAAGUUGAGAGUGUGAAGGACACGGCCUCCAAGGUGGAGAAGAUAAAGGAGGAAGUGGGCGUCUUUGCUCCUUCACCCAGGUAUUUGGGGUGA